CAAUAUCUGUCAAAAAACGCAGACAUUGUGGACAUUGUCAUCAUUAAUUUAUUUUAAAAAAUUAAUUCAAUUAAAUUCCAAUAAAAUAAUUCUGCAAAGGCAAAACUCAAAACUAAAUUCGAUAAAAUGUUUCGUUCGUCAAACUUCGACAAAAGUCUUGAAAGUGCAACGAGUCAUCUGCGAUUGGAGCCCGAUUGGCCAUCAAUUUUAGUGAUUUGUGAUUCGAUUCGGCAAAACGAUGUGUCCCCUAAAGUCGCUAUUAAUGCGAUUAAAAAGAAAAUGCUGGCACCGAAUCCGCAUACCGCUCUGUAUUCCUUGUUGGUGCUGGAAAGUGUUGUAAAAAACUGCGGUUCACCAAUUCACGAUGAACUUUGUACGAAGGAGAAUUGCGAAAUGCUCACCAAUUUCAUAGAGACAACGCCGCAUGAAAAUGUUAAAUUGAAAAUGUUGGAGUUGAUUCAAGCUUGGGCAUUUGCUUUUCGCACAUACGACAAAUACCAGGCGAUUAAGGAUACAAUGACGAUUUUAAAGACGAAAGGACAUCAAUUUCCUGAAUUAAAAGAAGCUGAUGCCAUGUUCACAUCAGAUACUGCCCCAUCAUGGUCCGACGGAGAUGUUUGCCAUCGCUGUCGUGUUGAGUUCUCAUUCACUGUGCGAAAGCAUCACUGCCGCAAUUGUGGUCAGAUAUUUUGUGCUCAGUGUUCGUCGAGAAUGUGUACGCUGCCUAAGUUUGGCAUUGAAAAAGAAGUGCGAGUGUGUGAAGCAUGUUAUAUGACUUUGCAUGCACCAACUACCAAUGCAGCACGCAGUAAUGAUUCUGAUUUGCCGGCCGAAUAUUUGUCGAGUUCAUUAGCCCAACAGUCACAAGCGCCACCACGCAAAAGUGAACAAGAAUUGAAAGAAGAGGAAGAGCUUCAAUUAGCUAUUGCAUUGAGUCAAUCAGAAGCGGAACAAAAGAAACAGUCGAUCAUGUCGUACCGCACGUACCAAAAAUCACCGAGUCCCGAGCUGCCACUUGCCCAAUUGUCACUAGACGAUAAUCCAUCCGAUCCGGAGUUGGCGAAAUAUUUGAAUCGUGACUAUUGGGAGUCGCGUAAAACAACUGAGUCACCUGCAAGUCCAUCGGCUCCAAGUCCAAUGGCCCAACCAAUUGACGCCAUUCCGUUGAAGGGCGGUCCAGAUGAUAUCGAAAUCGACACAUUCUCCAGCAGUUUGAAAUCGCAAGUGGAGAUUUUCGUUAAUCGCAUGAAAUCAAACUCAAGCCGAGGUCGGAGCAAUGCUAAUGAUAGUGCCGUGCAGACACUUUUCCUGAACGUCACCUCAAUGCAUUCAAAACUGUUAGCCUACAUUAAAGAAAUGGACGACAAGCGGAUGUGGUUCGAACAACUGCAGGAUAAGUUGACUCAAGUGAAAGAUUCAAGGGCUGCACUGGAUAUGCUACGCCAUGAACAUCAGGAAAAAUUGAGACGAAUUGCAGAGGAAACGGAACGCCAACGACAAAUGCAAAUGGCGCAUACUCUCGAACUCAUGAGAAAGAAGAAACAAGAGUAUUUGUUGUAUCAGAGGCAGUUGGCCCUGCGUCAGAUUCAGGAACAGGAACGCGAAAUGCAAAUGCGACAAGAACAACAAAAGGUUCUGUACCAAAUGGGUGGAAAUUUAAAUUACUUGCCGGGUAUUGGCCAAACACAAGGUUCUCCGAUUCAUAUGAUGGGUGGUGCGAGCUACGGAUAUGCUCCGAUGGGAACUAACCCAAUGGUUUCUAGCGUUGCUAGUGGCCGAAUUCAAACUGGCCAGCCUGGAUCUCUACCAGUUAUGCAUCCCUCAAUGGGAAUGAAUUCAAUGCCACCUAGUUCAAUGCCUCACGGAUCGAUGUCGACGCAAUUGGGCUCUUUACCUCCUGGUCAGUUGCCGCAAGGUGUGUUGCCACAAAAUCAAAUCAAUCCAAGAUUCCAAAACACUGGACCACAUCAACCGAACAAUACGUUCCCUCAGAAUCAACAAUCCCAAGGACCGGUUGGAUUGGGAGUGCAUAAUCAACAACAACAGCCGCAUGGAGGUGUGUCAAUGCCGAACGAUGUGCCGCCACAACAAGGACAAUUCGCCGGUACUGUUCAAGGCAAUAUUCCUACAUCGCAAAUGGCUGGCAUUCAACCGAAUAAUCCAAAUCAAAUGAGUCCAGCACAAAGUAUGCAGCAGUCCCAUAAUCAACCUAGCAUGAAUCCAAUUAAUACUCAUAACAUGCAACCGAUCCAACAACAGCAACAUCAUGGGCCGCCUAUGCAACAACAGCCAGGACCACCGAUUCAACAACAGCAAGGACCACAGAUGCAACAACAACAAGGAAUAGCAAUGCAUCAACAGCAAGGACAGCCCAUGCAGUCAGCUCAACCCAAUUCACAAGGACAACAGGCACCAUUAGCCCAGCAGCAGCAACAGCAGCAGCCCCAACAACAACAGCAGCCCCAACAACAAAAUUUUGCUUCUCAACAGCAAACUUCUAGUGAAGCAACUUCAAACAUUCAGCCAGCAAAUAACGCUGAAUCCAGUAAGCCAGCAGAGGCUGAGCUCAUCAGUUUUGAUUAAUUUCUUCAUAGAUUGAUUUAGCAGUCACAUCUUUCAUUUAUAGUUUCUUUGUAAUAUUCACUUGAAUUUAUCUGUGACACAUUUAAUGGGAGAGCUAACAGCUUCGUUCAAUAAAAUAUUAUCGUCAUU